UUCAGGCAGCAAGGAGAAUUGCAGCUGUGUAGAGCUGAAUUGCCACAGUGUGGAGCUGAGCUGGUGCUGAUGAUUUUGCUAUGUGAUGCUGUAGAAGAAUCGCUCUUAAAUACAGGGCAAUGAAAUGGGCAUAGAGGUUCUGCAGCUGCAAUCCUCAGGCUGGAUCUUUGAAUGGGCUAAGACCAUUCUCCUGUGAAUAGAAUUGCAACUUCCAACAAACAAGUGAUAGGGAGAACGGCUGCAGAGGCUACAGCUUUAAUGAACAUGGAUAAUCAGGAUAAAGCAAGCAUUGAGCAAGGCACAGAAAACAACUGACUAUGUUUUGGAAUUAGAUUUUCCCGGCUAUAGGAGUGUAAGAUUUCACCUGAAUUCAAGGAUUGGUCAAAUUUAUCACCUAGUGCAUUUGUCUGGUGACAUAUGUGGUGACAUAUGGAUUAAGAAUAAAACUUCACACAACAUAAGGUGAUACUCACAUGAGUGAAGAUAAGCUGAGGAUUUAUUUAGAAUUGGACUUGCCAAACAACAUAAUUUAAUGUCUAUGUAAAGAUGUCACCAGUUUUCCUUGCCACUUAAUGUCAACAAAAAUCAGAAUCUGGACUCAUUUUUGGAUGGAAUUUGACAGAAUUUACAAAAAGUGAACUCUGCUUCAUGAUAAAGUGGCAAAGACUGGAAUUUGUUUGUUGCAAGAUGGUAGUCAAGAACCUUUCAAAGUUCGACUCCACUUAGCCAAAGAUAUAUUAAUGAUUCAGGAGCAAGAUAUAAUCUGUAUAUCUGGUGAGCCUUUCUAUUCUGGUGAAAGAAAAGUAGCAAUCAGACGACAAACCGUUGGAGGAUUUGGGCUUAGCAUAAAGGGAGGAUCUGAACAUAAUAUUCCAGUUGUUAUAUCCAAGAUAUCCAAAGAGCAAAGAGCUGAACUAUCUGGCCUUCUCUUCAUAGGGGAUGCCAUUUUGCAGAUAAACGGGAUAAACGUGAGAAAGUGCAAACAUGAAGAAGUGGUGCAGGUUUUACGAAAUGCUGGAGAAGAGGUGACACUGACUGUCUCAUUUCUAAAAAGAGCACCAGCUUUCCUUAAAUUACCAUUAAAUGAAGAUUGUGCUUGUGUACCCAGUGACCAAAGCAGUGGCACGUCAUCUCCCCUUUGUGACAGUGGUUUGCAUUUGAAUUAUCAUCCCAACAACACGGACACUUUAUCAUGUUCUUCAUGGCCAGCAUCAACUGGGAUGAGGUGGGAGAAAAGAUGGUGUGAUCUCAGAUUGAUCCCACUCCUUCAUUCAAGAUUGUCCCAACAUAUUGCUGGCACAGAUUUAUGCAGACAAAAUUCUUUUCAAGUUACUGCGGUAGACGGUGUUUGCAGUGGUAUAAUUCAGUGUUUAUCAGCUGAUGAGUGCAUUGACUGGUUGCAAUCUAUAUCAACUAAUGUUUCAAAUCUUACAAAGCACAAUAUUAAAAAAAUUAACAGGAAUUUUCCAGUAAAUCAACAGAUAGUGUACAUGGGUUGGGCAGAGGAACGUGAACAAGACACUCUUCAAGAUCAUAUUUAUUCACCAAAGUUUCUGGCACUUAGAGGCUCAUCACUUUACAAAUUCAAUUCUCCACCAGUUACUACGUGGGACUGGAUGCGAGCAGAGAAAAAAUUUACUGUGUAUGAAAUCAUGUGUAAGAUAUUUAAGGACAGUGAUCUUCUGGAUCGUCGGAAACACUGCUUUGGUGUCCAAUCAGAAAAUGGAGAAGAUCUAUACUUUUCUGUGGAACUGGAGAGUGAACUAGCUCAGUGGGAAAAAGCAUUUCAAAUGGCAACAUUCUUAGAAGUUGAACGUAUUCAGUGUAAGACAUAUGCCUGUGUUAUUGAAAGUCAUUUAAUGGGUCUUACCAUUGAUUUUGGCAUGGGAUUUAUUUGUUUCGAUGCUGCAACUAAGGCUAUUCUAUGGAGGUAUAAGUUUUCUCAGCUCAAAGGCUCUUCAGAUGACGGCAAAAGUAAAAUCAAAUUUUUGUUCCAGAACCAAGAUACAAAACAAAUUGAAGCAAAGGAAUUGGAGUUCUCCAAUCUUUUUGCAGUACUUCAUUGUAUUCACUCAUUCUUUGCUGCUAAAGUUGCAUGCUUGGACCCUCUUUUUGUUGACAGUCAGGGUGCAGCCUUUUCUGCAGUAACAACUACUUCUUGUGCCGCAGCGGGUGGCUCUAAAGUGAAGUAUACCACUUGACAUGACUUCGAAACAAGUAUACAUAAACACUGAAUAAAUAUUUAUUAAGAAAGACAGUACGGAAUUGCAUAAUGGUAUCUACAGUUGAUGAACAUUUGUGAUCUUUUUAAGCAGGAAAGCAGUUUUAUGGGUUCCUAUGUAUGAUCACACACUGUAUAAUUCAAAAUGCAUCUAAUUUCAUCACAAUAAUGGUGAACCCAGAAGAACAAGGACAAACUUUUAUGAUGAUCUCUAUUUUAUUUUUAGUGCUCAGAAAUAAAAUUAAAUAAAUAUAUGAAGUCAAAACUCCACACAGCAAGAAGAACUUUGCACUUAUUUUCUAACACAACCAAGUGCCCAAGUACCGAUGGAUUGGAAUCUCUUUUUUGGAUGCAAUGCAUAUUGAUAAAUUUAAAAUAAAAUAAAAAUGUAUAUGAUAGACUUAUUAACUAGUAACACAAUGCAGUAUGAAAAAUAAGCUAUAUAGUAUUGUUUUGUAUUAUCCUUUCAGUUUUAAUUAUUUUUUUCUAAGCACGGUAUGGUAUUAACCCCUUAAGGAUGGUGGGCAUGCUAUGUCGUCCUUGGAGACAAGGCUCUAAACACCAUCGGGCGGCAUAGCACGUCCCUGCUGUCCUGGCCACUUACCUGCUCGCCUGCAAUCCCCUGCCCGCGAUCACAGUGGGGGGACUUAGAUGGCAUCCCAGGAUGGCAUCGUUGCGAGGACCUCACGAUCACAUGGACUGAAUAGCCGUCCAUACCAGUGCCAGCAGG